AUUAAUCAAUGAUGGAAAUAUAUUUAAUAUCUGUGAUGACGGAACGCAGAACGAAUAAAAUAAGAAUUUUGGAAUAUUUAAUUUAAAUCACAGCUUAGUCCUUCCUUAGGUACGUUUUAAACAAAAUUACCAAAUAAUAACGUGAUAAUAUUUGCAAACAGUGAUAAGAAAAUCUAAGAGAUCUCCAAGGAUUAGAUAAAUCUUGCACAAAACAGACACCUGUAUAAACAUGGUGAAAGUAUAUGCCCUUUUAGUGCUUUACAAAGGAAUCAACAAUGCCUCUAUUCUCAAAUCAGCAUAUGAUUUGCAAAGCUUUAGUUUCUUCCAAAGAAGUUCAGUUCAGGAGUUCAUGACAUUUGUUAGCAAAACCAUGGUGGAAAGAACACAGCAGGCAUCAAGACAGUCAGUCAAAGAAGGGGAAUACAUGUUACAAGUGUAUGUGAGGGCUGACAAUUUGGCUGGAGUAUUGAUUUCAGACCACGAGUAUCCAAACAGAGUGGCUCACACAUUGAUUACAAAAACUCUUGAUGAGUUCUCAGCUGUGGUACCUGCAGCAAAUUGGCCAACAGCUAAUGAAAAUUCUGUAGACUUCCCAGCUCUCCAUCAGCACUUGGCCAAAUACCAGAACCCAAGAGAAGCUGAUGCUUUGACAAAAAUACAAAAUGAUCUUGAUGAGACAAAGAUAAUUUUACAUGACACAAUAAAAGCAGUGUUAGAAAGAGGUGAGAAAUUAGAUGAUUUGGUUGAGAAGUCAAACAGUUUGUCGAUGCACAGUAAAGCAUUUUACAAGACUGCACGCAAAACAAACAGUUGUUGCUCGUAUUGAGUCAAUGUGCGUGAAUCUUUGACUAGCCAUAUUAUACAGAAGGAAUUUUAUUAUACUGUUUCUUGUUUUAUGUAUUUACGUGACUUAAAGCCCAACUAUACAUAUGUUGGAUCAGACAUUACUUUGUGCUGUAGGAAAGUAGUACUUAUGCAGCAAUAUUAAAAGGUCUAAAGCAAAAUGACAUAGAUUGAUUCAACCAAACAUAAAAUGUUCCUUAUCUUCUGUUAAACGUUUUUGCUCUGAAUGCAGAUAAAAAUAAAAUAUUUACUUAAGUGUAACUGCAUGUUGAAAUAAUUGUAUAUGAAAGGGCCUCACAUAUAUGUGCAUUGAAUGAGUUAGUAAGGAGUUCAUAAGUAUAUGAAAUUUUCUCAAUAGAUGAUUAUUUUGUAUUUAUAGAAUAUAAAUGUUGUAUAUCUUUGUGUAAUUUUUGUUAGGAUGUCUAAGAGUGUAACACAAUUUGGGCUAUCACAAUAAUCUGAAAGUUGACCAGUAUACAGAGGUUCUUUAUUAAUGAUGUAGCUAUUUUAGGUUUAUCCAAUUUAACUUAAAAAAUGAAGCAGUAUAAAUAUUAUUUAAAAUUAAAAUAAAGAUUGGUUGUUGUUUAGAAAGCUUGAGAAGAACAAACUUACAAAAUAUGUCUGUUAAUUAGUGGGAAGGCCUAUAAGACGUUAUGGGAUAUUAAGUAAUAAUUACAUAGGUAAAUCAAGAUUACCUACAAAUAUGUAAUAAUUGUGCCUAACCAUAACUUAAUGUAGAAUUUGAAUUUCAUCCAAAUUCUGUCUUAUUGUUGAGACAGGGAUAACUUGAUUAUAAAAGCAAGUAUCAUUCCUACUACAAUAUGCUAAUGUUACCUAGAUGCAGUAUUGGAACAGAAGCAAUAGAGAAAUUAGUUGAUACUUAGAUAGUGAGCUAGAAAUCUGUGUUCAUCGCUUGCCUGGGGGCUUUUAUGUACCUAUUAGUUAAUAUUCAGACUUACAUACAUACAUAUAAUGACGUCUUUAUCCCUUAUGGGGUCUUUAUCCAAACUUUUGUUAUAUUAUAGAAAUUUGGACAUCAUAGGAAUAUGGCAGGGUAAAAUUCUAUUUACUAGCAUUUUCUGUGUUUAUCUAGAAAUAAAAACAAUUUUUUCAGUUGUAGAAGAAAUUAUGAUGUCACGGCACCAUUUAAAAACAAACCUUUCUAUGCGUGUUCCCGGUUGCACCCUCUACUGUAAUUCUUUUGGGCCCGGGGUCCACCUAAAUGAAAUUCAGCUGUAUCUAAAGGUAAAUAGUAACAGUGUUGCUAAAGCAUCAUAAAUUACGCUAUUUUUGGUGUUAAAAUAAACACGUGUAAACAUUCCUUCAUAUGCAAUUUUGCAGCUGUCUAUUUAUAUUAUAUUUGUGUGAAAAAUAUAAUAAAAUAUAGACACAUUGUUAAAAUUAAUUGAUAUUUAAAAAAAUGUUUAGUUUUCCUGCUUAGUAAAUAUACGACAAGAUUUGAUCUUAUUUUAAAUUUGACUCUUAGAUUUGAUAUUAUAUUUUGUGAUGUUUUAUAAAAAAAAUUAAAACAUGGAUUUCAAUGAAAUGUUAACAUCACUGCUAAUUUAUAAAACAUUACAAGUUAUAUCUUAUCUUCGAAACUAUAUAAUGAAACAAAUUUGACUUUGAGCAUACACGUGGUCUUCAUUUCUUCUCAAUAUGCUAUGGUUUGCGUAAAGAAAACAAUUCUAUAAUUUCUGCCUAGGAAUAUUCAUGUAUAAUUAUGUAUACUACUUUUGUUAUAUUCGUUUGAGAGAUUAUGAAUAUAUAAAAAAACAGUAUUUGAAUUUGUAAUGAAUUAGAAAAAAAAAAGAGAUGAAUAAUGUAUGGCUAUUGCUUCGUGGUGUAUUCGUCAAAUAAAUAUUGAUAUUUACUGUUAAAAUAUUUUUUUGUUAUCCUGUAAAAAGAUUAGACAAUCUUAUAAUUUCGCCUUUUCUGAGAUAUUGAAUAAAAAGGGUUCUCAAGUUUACUACCUUUUGUUGCCUUCAUAAGGCUCUUAAAAUAAUGACGCCAUAUUUUAUACAUAGGUUAAUUUUUACAUGCGAUGGCAUUGUGCGAAAAAAAAUGGGGUCAAGUUAAAUAAAAGGCAGGUGGAAAUAAAAAUACAUAUAUUAAUUACAUCAAUAUUCAAUUACAGCCAACAUAACUAUGUAGGUUACAAUAAUAAAAAUAUACCUAUAUAAUUUCAAUUGAAACAAAAUAAAUAAUAAAAACAAGGUA